CGCAUAUAUAUACGGAGAUAUUAUCUACCUACUAUAUAGUAUAUAUAUAUACAUCUACACACAUCGCCCACGCUCCUCGAGAUCGCGGUUUUCAAGGCCCCCCCCCCAAUCCACCCACCGCUUUGAGAACCCUCUCGAAUGCCCCUCGCCCGUCUCCAAGCCGUCUCCUCGCAUCUCCGAACUUCACCUCCCGCUCCAAUGGCCGCCAGGGACCCUAUCACCUGCCAUGUUCUCGACACUACCGCUGGCCGGCCAGCAGCACACAUCAUCACGACGCUGAUGUGCGCCAGCAAUCCCGCCGUCGCAUUCACAGCUGUCACGAACGCGGACGGGCGGAUCGCGACCUGGGAAUCCGAGAUCGACCACCAAGGGAACCAACCCUCAAUCAAGACCAUGAUCAAGGAGCAUGCUGAGAAAGAAGGGACAGCAAUCUGCCCCAAGGGCUCCAGCGUUUGGCGGAUCAAGUUUAAUACUGGGGCGUACUACGGCCCGGGCAAGACCUUCUUCCCAGAGGUCGAACUCACGUUCCUCGUGAAGGAGGGGGAGCAUUUCCAUGUGCCGUUACUGUUGAGUCCGUACAGCUAUACGACAUACAGAGGGAGUUAG